CCCCUCCCAGUUGUCAGACCACCCCCAGGCCGCCUCUCCCUUGGGCUCCCCUCUGGCCUAGAGGCUCUGCUUGUCUUCUCACCCCAGGACAAGAGCAAGGCGAUGGGUCUGCCCCUGCUGCUGCCCCUGCUGCUGCUGCCACCAGCAUCUCUGCAGGCUGGUGGCUCAGCAAAAUGCAAAUCAGGCCCUGCUUUUCAAGUCAACCAACCAAAGCACCUCUUAGCCCCUGUGGGUGGUUCCAUCCACAUCCCCUUCUCCUUCUGUUACUCCUGGGAGUUAACCAGGGAUCCCAGGGUGAGAAUAUCCUGGAGAAGGGGACACUUCCAUGGGGAGUUCAUCUACAACACAACCCCACCUUUCACCCAUGAGGAUUACAAGGGCCGCCUCUCCCUGCUCUGGACAGAGGGCCAGAGGAAUGGCUCCCUCCAGAUCUCGAACUUGCGGAAGGAGGACGAGUUUCAAUACUUCUGCCGAGUUUGUUUGAACACAGGGACUGGACAACCUUUGUCAGUGCAGUCCAUUGAGGGGACCAAACUCACCAUCACCACAGACACUGAGAAACCCACAGAGGGGCCCACCAGCACCAGCACCAGCACCACCACCACAGAUGGUGUCAAUAUCUCUGGGGAAGAGAGGAACUCAGGGUCUCAGCCCCUGACUCCAGGAGCUAUAGUUGGGGUGGCAGUGGCCAGUGCUGUGUUCAAAAUCGCAAUUUUGGGACUGAUAGUCUACCUCAGGUGGAAGAAGCAGUCCAGGUCAGCCUCCUGGUUUUCCUUCUCCAGUCUUAACCAAGGCAGGGCCAGCACAGGGGACAGGAACUCACCCUUCCAAUUUCUCCUCCCGUGCCCCCUUCCUACAAAAGUGGCUUCCCUAGAACAAUCCUCUUCCUGUUGGCACUCAGGGACCUCUCCUGGGCUGAACCACAAAUCACCUUUCAACGCUCUUCCAGGCAUUGGAAGAGCCUCCAAUUCUGAGAGCCUCAAACCAUUGCCUACACCUUCCAAGUAUGUCCAAGCAGCUCGCAGAACCUCCCACAAGAAAACCAGCCAGGUGCAGGCCUUAGCUCUUGUCUGCUCAGCCUCUGACACAUUUCCCACCCUCUCCUUCCCAUGCAGGGGAUCCUUCCAUAACACUGAGGAGAAGUAUGAGGACAUUGGGAAUACAGGACAACAUGAAGACCCCAAGCUGGACCCAAAGGUUGAUGGUGUCCUCCAUGCCUCCCUUGUCCUCGCCAGCUCGACCUCACCAUCAGCACCUCCCUGCCACCCUGUCCACAACAGCCCCCAGGAAGAGACCCUAUACUCUAUGCUAAAGGCCUAAGGAGUGGGACUGAAUGAUGACCUCCUUACAGAAAGCCGCUCACAGGGAUCACCACUUCCUAUAAUAGGCCCAGCCAGUCACAGAUGACUCAGAAGUCAACAGACAUCAAAGGCCACCAAGGACCUGAGAGAAACAGCCAUCUGCUCCAGUUCCCUCUUCAACUUCCUUCCUUGCCCACACAC